AUGGCAACGGUUGCCGAGGCAACCGCGUCCCGCUCUGGGACUCCGAGGGCGGGCUUGCGGCCUAGUCCGGCCCUGCCGCCUUCCAGGCCCGGGACUCGCGUAGCCUUCCUCUGCCCCCAGGAAGGGGGUUGCGUGGGGAGACCCGGCCCUAGGCCCGGAAAGAGGUGAGGACUGGCCGGGGUGGGUGUGUGGAAAUUUCCCGGGGAGCCUGGCAGCCUCCUAGGGGGCUGGACUAGAUGACUUUGGGUGCCCCUCCAACUUACAAAUGCAUGGUACUAAUAAAGGGGGAAGGAGAGAGAGAGAGAGAGAGAGAGAGAGAGAGAUGCUUUUCUGCCCCACCCAACAAAUGUCUAUGACACCCCCCUCCCAAAAAAUAAAAUAAAAAAGGCAUAAAGCAUAGCUGUCAACGUUUCCCUUUUUAAAAAAAAGGAAAUUCCCUUAUUCCCAAUAGGAUUCCUCGCAAGAAAAGGGAAAAGUUGACAGCUAUGCCAUAAAGGGACACAAAUAUUAAUAUUUUAAUGUUUCAAUAUUUUAAUGUUGUAUUCUAAUCUUGUUUCUAAGUUGUAUUCAUUCAACUUGUUUUUAUUAUUGCUUGUUAGCCGCCCUGAGCCCGGCCUUGGCUGGGGAGGGCAGGGUAUAAAUAAAAAUUAUCAUUAUUAUUAUUAUUAUUAAAUCUAUGAAUGGGAACCUGAUCUUAAUGGAGGAGAAAACCCACGAGGGAAGGUAGCAGAAGCAGCUCAGUGACAUGUUUUAUGCUAUAUUUUAUGCUGUUUUUUUGUUGCAUCAGUUAAGUGUUUUCAAUUUGUUGUUAGCCGCCCUGAGCCCAGUUUUCUGAAGCCAGAAGGGCGGGGUAUAAAUAAAAAUUUAUUUAGUUAUUUAAUAAAUACGUGGCUUAAUUUUAUUUCAUAUGCCUCAAAAGAAGGGGGCGGGGAGGAAGCAUGCUUAUAAACUGCCCAAAAUCUUACAGAUUGAUACACUUUUACAUGUGAUUUAAAGUGGCCUUAACUUUCUCUGUGUGUGUUGAUGGACUGUGUUUAAAUUUUGUAAGGGUGGGAUGGGGGGCGGGAACUAAUCCUAUGAAUGCUUGUUGUUCAAAAUUGAUAAACAUGGUUAAAAAGAAAAGAAAAGGCGCGUGGUGCCCAGGGAGCUAUGCCUGUUUCUUCCCCUCCCCAUUUGAAUUCUCCCUCCUCCUAUUGGGAACAUAUAAAUAUGGUUAUAGGAAGGGGGAAUUACAUAUUUCAUAGAAUCAUAGAGUUGGAAGAGACCACAAGGGCCAUCGAGUCCAACCCCCUGCCAAGCAGGAAACACCAUCAGAGCACUCCUGACAUAUGGUUGUCAAGCCUCUGCUUAAAGACCUCCAAAGAAGGAGACUCCACCACACUCCUUGGCAGCAAAUUCCACUGUCGAACAGCUCUUACUGUCAGGAAGUUCUUCCUAAUGUUUAGGUGGAAUCUUCUUUCUUGUACUUUGGAUCCAUUGCUCCGUGUCUGCUUCUCUGGAGCAGCAGAAAACAACCUUUCUCCCUCCUCUAUGUGACAUCCGUUUAUAUAUUUGAACAUGGCUAUCAUAUCACCCCUUAACCUCCUCUUCUCCAGGCUAAACAUGCCCAGCUCUCUUAGCCGUUCCUCAUAAGGCAUCGUUUCCAGGCCUUUGACCAUUUUGGUUGCCCUCCUCUGGACACGUUCCAGUUUGUCAGUGUCCUUCUUGAACUGUGGUGCCUAGAACUGGGCACAGUACUCCAGGUGAGGUCUGACCAGAGCAGAAACCAUGGCACUAUUACUUCCCUUGAUCUAGAUGCUAUACUCCUAUUGAUGCAGCCCAGAAUUGCAUUGGCUUUUUUAGCUGCCGCGUCACACUGUUGGCUCAUGUCAAGUUUGUGGUCAACCAAGACUCCUAGAUCCUUUUCACAUGCUUGCUGGUCUCAAAGCUGGUUCAGUUGUACCCACUCACUUUUACCAGGGAUAAAGCCUUACUCACCCCCCUCCCGCCUAAGGCAUCAGUGGGUGGGUGUGACUUUUCAUUAAUAAUAAUAAUAAUAAUAAUAAUAAUAAUUUAUUUAUUUAUACUCCUCCCAUCUGGCUGGGUUUCCCCAGCCACUCUGGGCGGCUUUCAACAGAAUAUUAAAAUACAAUAGUCUAUUAAACAUUAUAAGCUUCCCUAAACAGGGCUGCCUUCAGAUGUCUUCUAAAAGUCAUUAGAUGUGUGUGAGACACAAACAUCGCACCUUUGAGUUCUCUAGGCUUCAGUUGCCUUCUCUCAGAAGUGAAACCCCUGAAUAAGAACAGGCAUGCAUGUGUGAAUGUAAGGAUGCAGAUGGCAGAAGAGAGUCAGGGGCCACACCUUCCUUUUCAUGCUGUCAGCAUUAGAUUUAGAGUGGUGCAAGAGGUUUCCCCUCACAGUGCGCUGAGCUGAGGGGCGCAAACUAAUAACAAUAACAAUAAUAAUAAUAAUAAUAAUAAUUUAAUAAAUAAUAAACAUAUUUCCGCAGGGCCUGCAAGACAGAGCUGUUCCGCCUGGUCUUUGGUUUGGACUCAGUCUGACCCUUAUGUUUCCCUCCCCGUAUGGCUUUGAUCUAUGGGCUACUAUUAAAAUGAGGCUGCAUUUUAAAUUGCAUUUUAAUCUGCAUUUUAAUAAAUUGGCUGUUGUUUGUUCCCCCCUAUUAUGUUUUUAUUGUAAUUUUACUGGUGUUAGCCGCCCUGAGCCCGGCUCUGGCCAGGGAGGGUGGGGUAUAAUAAUAAUAAUAAUUAUUAUUAUUAUAGGUAUCUACUGUAGCAAAAUGAAUUACUGUGCAAAUAGGAAAUAUUAAGACCACCAGUAUUUUGUUUUAUUAGCUGUUGUGUGAUGCUUCCCCAGUUUAUUGCAUUAUUUCCAUCUGGAGGGUUAUUCUUGCACUAUUGGGCAACAAAAGUGGGACAAAAAAAUAAACUGAAACAUUAGCAUUAUAAAAGGUUACAGAACUUCAGCAGGAUGUUGUGUGACAUUGUGUAGAAACAAAGACAUGCGCUAAUUGGAAAUGAAACAAUAUAUCCACCCCAAAAAUCUUUGCAGGCACAAAUAUUAUUGAAAAUGCAAUUGUGUAUAACCCCCCCUGAUACCACCAUGAACACAAUUCAUCAUGAGUGCACAAUAAGAAGGGCAUUCAGAGGGGGCACCGUGGUUAUGGAGAGAGCUGAAGGACCAGGUGCGCAGCCUGGGAGUCACUUUGGACUCACAGCUGUCCAUGGAGGCACAGGUCAAAUCUGUGUCCAGGGCAGCUGUUUACCAGCUCCACUUGGUACGCAGACUGAGACCCUACCUGCCUGCACAUUGUCUCGCCAGAAUGGUGCAUGCUCUAGUUAUCUCCCACUUGGACUACUGCAAUGCGCUCUAUGUGGGGCUACCUUUGAAGGUGACCCGGAAACUACAACUAAUCCAGAAUGCGGCAGCUAGACUGGGGACUGGGAGCGGCCGCCGAGACCAUAUAACACCGGUCUUGAAAGACCUACAUUGGCUCCCAGUACGUUUCCGAGCACAAUUCAAAGUGUUGGUGCUGACCUUGAAAGCCCUAAACGGCCUCGGUCCAGUAUAUCUGAAGGAGCAUCUUCACCCCCAUUGUUCUACCCGGACGCUGAGGUCCAGCGCCGAGGGCCUUCUGGCGGUUCCCUCACUGCGAGAAGCCAAGUUACAGGAAACCAGGCAGAGGGCCUUCUCGGUGGUGGCACCCGCCCUGUGGAACGCCCUCCCAUCAGGUGUCAAAGAGAACAACAACUACCAAACUUUUAGAAGACAUCUGAAGGCAGCCCUGUUUAGGGAAGAUUUUAAUGUUUGAUGUGUUACAGUAUUUUAAUAUUUUUUUGGAAGCCGCCCAGAGUGGCUGGGGAAGCCCAGCCAGAUGGGCGGGGUAUAAAUAAUAAAUUAUUAUUAUUAUUAUUAUUAUUAGCUGUCUUGGAACCGUUCUUGAGAGCAUUCUGAUUUUUUAUUUUUUUCUCUUUGUUUUCCUUUCAAGAGUGCAUAAUGGAGCCGGAUGAGGAAGUGAACGAAAAUUUAAGAAUGCAGCUUAAGGCUCUCCAGGAACAGCAGCAGAAGAGGAUGCAGAACCUGAUGGAGAAGAAGAAAGAAAAACAACAACAGAGCGUGAAACAAAGUGAAAAGGGCAGUCCAGAGGAAGCCUUUGGGGUCCAAGAUGAUCUCGGCUUAUACACCGUGGGCAGUGAGAUGUCUAAGGAGGACAUUAGCAAAAGGUAUUCAUCAGGGAAAUGUCAAAGGAUGCGCUGGACGUUUGGGUGCAACUCAGCUUGCAGAAGAAUGGUUGCAUGGGGUUAAAACACAUAGAAUGGGGAACCUCCAGCUUCCCAGAAUAUCCUUGUACGUUAAACCUCUUGAGCUGACCUUCUUAUCUCUCUGCUGUGGAGCUAGAGCAGGGAGCCCCAGGACUGUCCCUCCAGGCCCCUCUACCCAGCCUUCGGACUCUUCCCAGACCACACCAACCCACCAGUCCUGCUUCCUGCCUUUCCUCAAGUGUUUUUCUCUGUCUGGGACAUAGUUUAUAACUGUUCUGAUAGAUAGAUCGAUAGAUGAUGAUAAUAAUAAUAAUAAUAAUAAUAAUAAUAAUAAUAAUAAUAUUUUAUUUAUACCCCGCCCUCCCCAGCCAAGGCCAGGUUCAGAGCGGCUUACAAGCAAUAAUAAAAACAAGAUGAAUGAUUACAACUUAAAAAUAAAAAUAAAAUACAACAUUAAAAUAAUGGAACAUUAAAAUAUUAAAAUGUAGCCUCAUCGCUGGAUGAGAAGGAAAAGAAAAAAGAAAGAGAGGGAGGGAGGGAAUCAAAUUGGCUCCAUGCCAAAGGCCAGGCGGAACAACUCUGUCUUACAGGCCCUGCGGAAAGAAAUCAGAUCCCGCAGGGCCCUGGUCUCAUGAGACAGAGCGUUCCACCAGGCCGGGGCCAUCACUGAAAAGGCCCUGGCUCUGGUUGAAGCCAAUCUAACUUCCUUAGGGCCUGGGACCACUAGGGUGUUGUUAUUUAUGGACCUUGAGGCUCUCCGUGGGGCAUACCAGGAGAGGCGGUCCUGUAGGUACGAGGGUCCUAGGCCGUGAUAGAUAGAUAGAUAGAUAGAUAGAUAGAUAGAUAAUUUAUUCCGGUCGGAGACCAGCUUAUAAAACACACUUGGGGGUACAAUCCCAGAAGGAAAACAAACAUUUAAAACAAUGUACAGUGGUACCUCGGGUUAAGUACUUAAUUCAUUCCGGAGGUCCGUUCUUAACCUGAAACUGUUCUUAACCUGAAGCACCACUUUAGCUAAUGGGGCCUCCUGCUGCUGCCGCGCUGCCGGAGCACGAUUUCUGUUCUCAUCCUGAAGCAAAGUUCUUAACCUGAAGCACUAUUUCUGGGUUAGCGGAGUCUGUAACCUGAAGCGUAUGUAACCUGAAGUGUAUGUAACCCGAGGUACCACAGUACAACAAUAAAUUUAAAAUUUAUAUAUUUUUCCCCAAAUUUUUUUAUUGGUUUUCACAUUUAUCACAGAAAAAAGAAAAAAGAAAAACGUUACAAAACACAAAAAUAAAUAAAAAGACAUAAACAAUAUUACUUCCAAUCCCUAAUUUCAUUACAUUGAUAACACACUUCCUCAAAUCCCCUCUAACUGAAUGUCAUUAUAUCACCUGUUUAGCAGUUAUCCAAAUUCGUAUUUCUAAUAGUAUUAACUUCUUUCAUUUUCUAACCUUUUCUCAUUUAUUAAUAUUCUAAUCCUUAAUCUUUAUUAACAACAUAUUCUUAAUCUACCCCUAAACCUAUUUAUUACUCUUUAUCGUAUAUUACAAUAUUUAGCUAAAUAUUCUUUAAAUUUAUUCCAGUCCUCUUGUGUCUCCUCUUUUUUCUGGCCACAGAUUCUUGCGUGACCAGGUCGGCCAGCUCCAAAAAGUCCAUCACUAAAUUUAAAAUUUAUAAAUGCGAUAAGCGUAUAGACACUUAAAACUUUAAGAUAAGCUGCCGCAGAGAGAUGACCCAGAGUCACCCAUGGAACUGAGUCUGGGGAUUUUCUUAACGAACUAGUUUGGGUCAGGGGAUGGUCUGCGCCUACAGAUCUGUACACAGAAUCUGGCGACCAUCCGGGUCGUCUUACGAUCUUUGCCUAACAGGAAAAGGUCAAAUUUUUGCUUUUCCGGGAGGUCAGCAAGCCUCACCAGCAGGGGAUCAAUGGUCUCACUACGUGCCUCUUCAUAAAAGGGACAUCUAAAGAACAACUGCUCUGGGCUUCCUAUCUCCCCCAGUGAACAGGUGCAAAGUCUCUGAGCAUAUGGGACUUUUUAAAAGGAUCCUUCCAGGACCGGCGAGGGCAGAGCCAAGCUUCUGGCGAGUGUAAAGGCCCUUCUUGCAUUUUUGGAUACGAGAAAGAAGAGAUAUGCUGCCGGUGUGGCUAUAUCUCUCUCUCGAUUUCUCCAGUUUUAUAGUCGGGGCACCUUGGGCAGUCCUGUUGUCUUUCGGUGUCUAUGAUUCUUUGCCUGACUGUAGCUUUUGCCUGGCCCAACCCCAGACUUAGAAGGGCUUGAGGGGCAAAACCCAGUUUCUGAAGGGUGUUCAAUGGUCUCACUACGUGCCUGUCAGGGAACUGACAUCGGAGCUAGAGGUGGAGGGGAGGCUCUCUAAUGAUGCUGGAGAAGGGCCCAGCAGGGAGAGAGGCAGCUCAGCAGAUGGGGAAGCAAUUCAGUGCAACACCAGGACUAAGGAGGGGCAGAUGGGGAAUCGGCAGAGGGCUCCUAGACUCUUCACUGGACACCAGCGGGGAGAGCACUGGUCCUCCGCUACCACGCCCUCCCUGCGCAGAAGACUUCCGCGCAGAAAGUAGGAGGAGACUGGGUGUCAAACAACUUUAUGUUGGAAAAGGUUUAAGAAACGCCCACUGACGGAUUCUGCUAGCGACUGAGGCAGCCACGAAUUGAAGGGCUGUCCAGACAGAAAGGUUUAACAAGGCAACAUAGCCAGGAGAGGCGGCAACUUACACACGAGCAACCCCAUACCAUUAUAGUGCCUCUUCAUAAAAGGGACAUCUAAAGAAAAAGUGCUCUGGGCUUCCUAUCUGCCCCAAUAGCUGUUCUGUAUUUUCUCCUCCCCACCCUCCCCAGGUUACUUGAAAAUGAAAAUGACCAGCUCCAGCAGCAGCUUCGAGAGACUGUAGAUGAAAACGGCAGGCUGCAUAAGGUGCUCAAGGAGCGGGACUUUGAAAUCAAGCAGCUGCACAAGAAGAUUGAGGAAGAGAGGCUGGCGCUGCUGGGUAAAUGGAAAUGCUUUGCAUACCCCUGCCAUUGUCUGUACGAUCUAUUUGCAGGCUCCCUUGCCUUCUACCAGGGCCGGGCCCACCCAUGAGACAAAGUGAGGUGACUGCCUCAGGCGGCAGGAUCCACAGGGCUAGCGGAUCUGGCCUCCAAGGCCAUUGCAUAGCCCACUGUCGCUGCUUCUUUCCGUAGGGACCUCGGGCGUCCCGGGAGACGUGGCGGCCACAAAAAUAGUGGAAUUGGCGAAGCAGAACCGGCACAUGACUGCGGAGGUUGAGAAGGAGAAAACCAAAGUGAAGCAGCUGAACAACAGAAUCAAGGAGCUGGAAAAAGAGGUGAGGCCUCUGUUUCUGCUGAGAAGGAUAAUAAUAAUAAUAAUAAUAAUAAUAAUAAUAAUACAGUGGUACAUCGGGUUACAUACGCUUCAGGUUACAUACGCUUCAGGUUACAGACUCCGCUGACCCAGAAAUAGUGCUUCAGGUUAAGAACUUUGCUUCAGGAUGAGAACAGAAAUCGUGCUCCGGCGGCGCGGCAGCAGCAGGAGGCCCCAUUAGCUAAAGUGGUGCUUCAGGUUAAGAACAGUUUCAGGUUAAGUACGGACCUCCGGAACGAAUUAAGUACGUAACCAGAGGUACCACUGUAAUAAUUUAUUAUUUAUACCCCACCCAUCUGGCUGGGCUUCCCCAGCCACUCUGGGCGGCUUCCAACAAAGUAUUAAAAUACAGUGGUCUGUUAAACAUUAAAAGCUUCCCUAAACAGGGCUGCCUUCAGAUGUCUUCUAAAUGUCAAGUAGUUGUUCUUCUCUUUGACAGCUGAUGGGAGGGCGUUCCACAGGGCCGGUGCCACCACCGAGAAGGCCCUCUGCCUAGUUCCCUGUAGCUUUGCUUCUCGCAGGAAGGGAACCGCCAGAAGGCCCUCGGAGCUGGUCCUCAGUGCAUAUGCCAUCGCCUCGCCUCCUCCCUGUCUCCUCACUCAGCAGGCAGCUAGGAUCUUGCCCGUGGUUUCAUUUUGAUCCCCUUUGCUGCUAACCCAUUUCCUAUUGCCUCCUUGGUGAAAUACCUCACCUUCGAGCCUCUGUCUGUGUGGCAUUCCAUUCUCCUUUUUUUUUAAAGGUUUUAGUGAAUAAAUCAAACAAAUCAAUACAGCAGAGACAAUAAAAAUACAAAACAAAGUGCAGUACUAUAUCUGGUGGGGACUUAAUAUGAUGUACUUAAGACCAUAAGCUCAUACCAGUAACAAACUGAGUUGGUCACUAAGGUGCUACUGGAAGGAGUUUUUUUAUUUUGUUUCAACUAUGGCAGACCAACACAGCUACCUAUUUACAGGACCGCCUCUCCUGGUCUGCCCCACAGAAGACCUUAAGAUCCAUGAACAACCAUAGUUUAGAGGUCCCGGGCCCUAAGGAAGUCAGACUAUCCUCCACCAGGGCCAGGGCCUUUUCAGUGAUGGCUCCGACCUGGUGGAAUGCUUUGUCCCAUGAGACCAGGGCCCUGCAGGAUUUAACCUCCUUCUGUCGGGCCUGUAAGACAGACCUAUUCCGCCUGGCCUUUGAUUUGAAUUCAGCCUGAUCUCUUAUUUCCCUUCCCUUCCUUCCCCCUCCCCUUUUAUGAAGAUCACCAGCUCUGAGACCCCACAGCUAAUUCUCCCCUGGCCUCCCCGCUGGCCCAAGUAGGACUAAUUUAGCCAGCUAGCCCUGGGGAUUAUCUAAUGCUUAUUAGAUGGAUUUCCCCGAAAUUGAUUUCUGAACUUUGAAUUUUAUUGUUUUUAUAUUGUAUUGUAUGCUGCUUUUACAAUUAAGUGUUUUAAAUUUGUUGUUAGCCGCCCUGAGCCCAGUUUUCUGAACCAGGAAGGGAAGGCUAUAAAUAAAAAAUUAUCAUAAUUAUGAUUACCUGCCUGUAACUUUUCUCCUUGAUCUGCUUUGUAGUUGCACUGUAAAGCUGGCAUUUAUCUAAUUGUGUGUAUAUAUGUGUGUGUGUAUUCUAGUUACAAUUGUCAUCUCUCAAGCCGCAGUCACUUGAGGAGAAAGACAGUCAGCCUGUUCGUAAGGCGACAGAAGUGCCUCUGGUAAGAAUGAAUCACUCUGUGUUCUCAACGUAGUAGCGAUAAGGCUUUUAAAGCAGGACUGGGGAAUCUAAUGUAUGGUUACCAGAUUGUUUUCAAUGAAUCCGGGGACCCCUUUUUUUUUUAAGCUGAGUAGCAACAGGGAGUCAGUAGUGGGGAACGGUGAGGCAAAAGACACAAGCACACAUACAUAUUGUAUAAAGGUGCAAAGCCCUUCUUUCGCACCCUGUGAAACAUAAAUGCGCAGUUCUUUAAAAACUGAAAACGGUGCACUGCGUGCCUGUGACUCCCAAGCCUCCCCCGAUCUCCUGCCCAAUUCCUCCUUUGUACUGACUGAUCGGGGGAGGCUUGGGAGUCAUGGGCGUGAGGAUGUUGCCCAGUUGUUUUUUUUAAAAAACCUGUACACAUUUAUGUUUCACAGGGUGCAAAAGAGGGGCUUUGCAGCUUGCCUGGCAGAGAAACCAUGCGCCUUGCACCCCUCCUGGGCAGCGUCCGCUCACCUGUGACUCCCGAGCCUCCCCCGAUCUGUCAAAACAAAGGGGGAAGGGGGCAGGAGAUCUGUGCCGCCGGACGUCCCCGGUUCCCCUUCGGCAGUGGCGGCGGCAGUGAGCAGCUCCUGAAGCCAGCCAGAGCCAACUGCGCUACCAGGCUGGCUCUGGGCUGCUGAGGCUGCCACUGCCACAUUUCCAGGGGACAGAUUUGCAAAUCUGGGGACAUUCCAGGGACGGAAUUUGUCCGGGGACAGGUUUGCAAAUCCAGGGACUGUCCCUGGGAACUGGGGAUGUCUGGUAAUCCUAAUCUAAUCUAAUCCAGGUGUUUCAAUGGUACAGCAUCUGCCUUUGGGAUUUUCCCCAGACCACACUCCCUUCCCCCAAGCCCCACCCCUCACUGAUUUACUUCCCCCCCCCCUUGAGCAUCCCCCCCCCCCCGGCUGGAAUGUGACCUUGAGCUCUGAUAACAUUCCUCUUCAACCCGGCCUUUGGCGGAUGAAUAUCCUGCUGCCUUUCAAAUAUGCUUGUGGGAAGGAGCGUUAAUAAUAAUAAUAAUAAUUUUUAUUUAUACCCCGCCCUCCCCAGCCAAGGCCGGGCUCAGGGCGGCUCACAAGCAAUAAUAAAAACAAGUUGAAUGAAUACAACUUAAAAACAAGAUUAAAAUACAACAUUAAAAUAUUGAAACUUUAAAAUAUUAAAAUGCAGCCUCAUCACAGGAGGAGAAAGGAAAAAGGAAAGAGGGGGAGGGAAUCAAAUUGGCUCCAAGCCAAAGGCCAGGCGGAACAACUCUGUCUUACAGGCCCUGCGGAAAGAAAUCAGAUCCUUUUUUUUUUUUAAAUGAUAUUUAUUAAAGUUUCACAUGAAAAGAGACACAUUAAUAAAAAAAGAGAAUUUAAAAAUAAAAAUACACAAUACAAAAUACAAAAAGAAAAAAGAAAAAACAGUUAAAAACAAUUCCAUCUUUUCAUCACUACUUUUACAUUUACUUAUUUCCUGGACCUCCUCAUACCUCCCUCUUUUGUAUUCCAAUUCAGUUUGUUUGUCCAGCAAUUCCUUUCCCUCCUUUUUAAUCCCAAUCCUUAAUCUUAAUAUAAUAUAACAUUAAAUUUUUACCUAUUAAAAACCAAUUUUCCAUUCUUUUAACCUUUUUAAUCCUAAUCCUUAAUCUUGAUCUAUAUAUAACUUUAAAGCCUGUACAGCUAGAAGCCACUUAAUUUCAAUCCAUCAUCACUCUAACAUUCUUUAAUUUUGCAAUAUUUCUGUAAAUAAUCUUUGAAUUUCUUCCAAUCUUCUUCCACCGACUCUUCUCCCUGGUCACGGAUUCUGUGGAAAGAAAUCAGAUCCUGCAGGGCCCUGGUCUCAUAAGGCAGAGCGUUCCACCAAGUCGGAGCCAGUGUUGAAAAGGCCCUGGCUCUGGUUGAGACUAAUCUAACUUCCUGUUUUAACUUUUAAUUUUGUGUUUUUAUCUUGUGAACUACCCUGAGAUAGAAUCAUAGAAUCUUAGAGUUCGAAUAGUCCAGCCCCCUGCAAUGCAGGGAUCUCAGCUAAAGCAUCCAUGAGUGAUGGCUAUCCAACCUCUGCUUUAACACCUCCAAGGAGGGAGAGUUCACCACCUUUCAUGGUGGAUCUUCAGAUAUAAUUGGUGGUGUAUAAAUGUAAAUACAGUGGCACCUCAGAAGUCGAACCAAAUUCAUACCGGAAGUCCGUUCGACUUCCGAAAACAUUCGGAAACCAAGACGCAGCUUCUGAUUGGCUGCAGGAAGCUCCUGCAGCCAACCGGAAGCCGUGUCGGACGUUCGGGUUCCAAAAAACGUUUGCAAACCAGAACACUCACUUCUGGGUUUGCGGCAUUUGGGAGCCAAUAGGUUCGACUCGCAAGGCGUUCGGGAUCCGAGGUCCGACUGUAAAUAAAUAAACAAUGCCUUGUAACGUGCCAUUUGUUCUUUAUCUGUACUGAUGGAAAAACACCUCUUCCUCUUGAAUCUCAAGAGCCCAGAGAUGAAAGCCUUGCAAGAAAAGUUAACAGCAGCCAACUUCAAAGUGUCUGAAUUUCGCAACCAGCUCCAGACCACAAAGCAGGAGCUGAAGAUGACACAGAAGGUAGGGUCUUCUGUUAGUUUGCAUUUCUUAGUGCAGUAAGUAUUGAUCUGAUGUGUAGAGAUUCCAUAACUCUAAGCAUCCCAUUGCUUUUUCCCACUAGAGAUGUUCAUGACGCUUGGGCCUAACAGUUACGGACAUCCAACAAGCAAUUCAAAUCAGUGAGGUCACCCUCAUUGACCCACCCCUAAAGUCACUUUCAGGGUAUACAUUAUCCGCCAGUAUUAGUUGUCCUCUCCUUGAACAUGGGGACGCGGGUGGCGCUGUGCGUUAAACCACAGAGCCUAGGACUUGCCGAUCAGAAGGUCGGCGAUUCGAAUCCACGCCACAGGGUGAGCUCCCGUUGCUCGGUCCCUGCUCCUGCCAACCUAGCAUUUCGAAAGCACGUCAAAGUGCAAGUAGAUAAAUAGGUACCACUCCGGCGGGAAGGUAAACGGCGUUUCCGUGCGCUGCUCUGGUUCGCCAGAAGCGGCUUAGUCAUACUGGCCACAUGACCCGGAAGCUGUACGCCGGCUCCCUCGGCCAAUAAAGUGAGAUGAGCACCACAACCCCAGAGUUGGCCACGACUGGACCUAAUGGUCAGGGGUCCCUUUACCUUUACCUUGAACACUGGAGGUGUCCUGGGCUGGUUUAGUGACGUAUGUGGCAGCAGGAGCUGAAGAAACAGAACAGCUGUCCUGGGGCAGCAGGUACUUCAGAUUUUUCUGGAGUGACUUUGCCUCAGCUGUGUUCCUGGGUUGUUUGUAGCAGCCUGGCAAAACGACUCACAAAACUGCUGUGUGAAAAUGCCAUUUCAAUUAUUUUAACAGAAAAAUGGAGUAUAAAUAAUAAGCUUUAAAAACAUGGAGCCAGAAGCUAAUUGGGCUCCUCUUAUGGUCUUAAGAAAGAUUUUGGAAAGGGCACUUUCUGCAACACAUUAGCUAAGAACUUGAACCUGGGUUUGCUUAUUUUCUCCUCCUGCCCGGUCCAUUUUCCUUUUGUGUCGUGUCUUUUUCGAUUGUCAGACUGAUAGCAGGGACUGUCCUUUACACACACACACACACACACACACACACACACACUAUAUUUUUAGGCUGCUUUGAGGACCUUUAUUUCGCUGAAGAGCAAGAUUUUUUUAAAAGGUUAAAUUAAAUAACUGAUAAAUCGAAACCUUCAGCACAAAAGAUUUUCCAUGACAUAAUUACGUUCUGUAUCUGGUUUUCAGCUUUUAGCCAAUGAAGUUGGAGAGGACGUCAACAUUCAAAAUCUGUUGUCCACCCCUGGCACCUGGCGUGGGCGGGCUCAGCAGAUUCUGAUCCUACAAGGGAAAGUGAGUCAAUUGUCUUUGUUCCCCCGCUCUUCCGAACAUUGCAUGGCAGAGUCGGACCUAUUAUUGCAGAAUUUCACCAGGCCGUUUGCACACGCAGCUCUGGUCCGUUGUCAGUCGAUUAGCAGGGUUGCAGAGCGCAUGCCUUACAUGCAAAAAGUUCCCCGUUCAAUCCCUGGUACGUAUCUCCAGGUAGGUCUGAGAGGCACCCUCCUCCGAAACUUUGGAUAGCAGGUGCCUAUUGUAAAUUCUGUUACACCAGGUGGAUCAAGACAGAUCCUUCUAUUUCCAUGCUUGCUGAUCGGAUUCUUAGUGGGACCCCCUCCUACCCAAAUAAUUCAAUAUCUUCUCAAUCAAAUCCUCCUUUUUCUCACUGACCUUAAACCCUUUCAUUCUGUGUAUCUUCACAGUUGUUGUUGUUGUUGUUGUUUAGUCAUGUCUGACUCUUUGUGACCCCAUGGACCAGAGCACGCCAGGCACUCCUGUCUUCCACUGCCUCCCGCAGUUUGGUCAGACUCAUGCUUCGAGAACACUGUCCAACCAUAUCGUCCUCUGUCGUCCCCUUCUCCUUGUGCCCUCCAUCUUUCCCAACAUCAGGGUCUUUUCCAGGGAGUCUUCUCUUCUCCUGAGGUGGCCAAAGUCUUGGAGCCUCAGCUUCAGGAUCUGUCCUUCCAGGGAGCACUCAGGGCUGAUUUCCUUAAGAGUGGAUAGGUUUGAUCUUCUUGCAGUCCAUGAGACUCCCAAGAGUCUCUCAAGAGUCUUCAUAUCUUGAAGACUCAUAUCUUGAAGACUUCAUAUCUAGAAGAUAUCAUAUCUGUGAAUAUCUUCACAGUUAGAUAUUCUAAAAUUAUAAUAUUUUUUUCAGUUUUCCCCUCCAUUGGUUCACCCCUAGCUCUUCUGCGUUUUUCCAGUUACUCGCUCUAACCUUUCUGGCUGCAAUUACCGUCAAUUUUACCCAUUUACAUUCCUCUUUUGUUUUUAACUCAGUGCUACUCAGGCUAAGAGAGCCAGUUUGGGGUAAUUAAAAGGUUAAAAGUUAAAUAACCAUGUGGAGGGUGGAGGGUUAAUGUAUAUAGAAUUGUACAUGUGGUUGAAUUGAAUACAGCGGUGCCUCGCAAGAUGAAAUUAAUCCGUUCCGCGAGUCUCUUCGUCUUGCGGUUUUUUCGUCUUGCGAAGCACGGCUAUUAGCGGCUAUUAGCGGCUAUUAGCGGCUUAGCGGCUUUUAACGGCUUAGCGGCUUAGCGGCUUAGUGGCUAUUAACGGCUUAGCGGCUUUAAGAAAAAGGAAACAAACUCGCAAGAACUCGCAAGACGUUUCGUCUUGCGAAGCAAGCCCAUAGGGAAAUUCGUCUUUCGAAGCAACUCAAAAAACGGAAAAACCUUUCGUCUAGCGAGUUUUUCGUCUUGCGAGGCAUUCGUCUUGCGGGGCACCACUGUAUGUUAUUAUUGAUUAAGUAUACCCAAUGUAUCAGCCUGCAUGGGGGGUUUCACUGUAUGUGUUUUGGUUGUUGGUAAUAAUAACAAUAUAUAGGGACCCGGGUGGCGCUGUGGGUAAAAGCCUCAGCACCUAGGACUUGCCGAUCGUAUGGUCGGCGGUUUGAAUCCCCGCGGCGGGGUGAGCUCCCGUCGUUCGGUCCCAGCUCCUGCCCACCUAGCAGUUCGAAAGCACCCCUAAGUGCAAGUAGAUAAAUAGGUACCGCUUUAUAGCGGGAAGGUAAACGGCGUUUCCAUGUGCUGCGCUGGCUCGCCAGAGCAGCUUCGUCACGCUGGCCACGUGACCCGGAAGUGUCUCCGGACAGCGCUGGCCCCCAGCCUCUUAAGUGAGAUGGGCGCACAACCCUAGAGUCUGUCAAGACUGGCCCGUACGGGCAGGGGUACCUUUUACCUUUAAUAAUAACAAUAACAUAGUGGGACCCUCUCCCACCCCUUUUGCACUCCUCCCAUGUCAACACUGACAUACACUGUUAUAUUAAUUAAUAAGUGGAGCAGUUUUCGCACAGCUAAGCAACACUUGCAAUGGUGCACAUUUUCCACUUCCUCCCUCAGGUCCGGGAUCUAGAGAACCAGCUGGGCCACAGCAGAAGCCGGUUGUCUGAGAGCAGCACUGAGGAAGAGGCUGUAAGCCUGGCGGACUCGAGGAAGACGUCUGCCUCAAAAAAGAACCUGCAGAGGAUUCGUAGCUUGGAAAAAGAAAAGAAAGAAGCUCUAGAGGUGAGGAAGGGCUGAGAACCUUUUUGCAGGAGCCAGGGGAGCUCAGAUCUGAGGCCUGGGCUUCCUGACUGUAUGUAUGUAUCUCAAAUAUAUUAUUUUCUUAUUUUCCCUAUUACAUUUCAAACUCAUAACCAAUAUCUCUAUCUUUUUCUACUUUGUAACACUUCGUAUAUUUCUCCUUACAAAACUUCUUGUAGUCCUACUAGCGUAAUUUGUUGAUUACAGUUGCUCUUCAAAUAAUUCAUAUACUUCUUCCAAUCUUCUGUCAAUCUCUGGCCCCACAGGUUUUGAAUUCUUCCUGUCAUUUUGUCCAAUUCUGCACAGUCCAUUAAUUUCGUCUGCCGUUCUACUUUCAUCAGAAUUUCUUCUUGUUUCCAUUUCUGGGCUAACAAUACUCUUGCCGCAGUUGUUGCAUACAAAAAGAAUUUAACAUCUUGCCUAUUAAUGUCCUGACCUAUAAUACCAAGUAAAAAUGCUUCUGGUUUUUAAAAAAAUGUAUAUUUCAACAUCUUUUUCAUCUCAUUAUUUAUCAUUUCCCAGAAGUUCUUUACUUUUUUACAUUCCCACCACAUAUGAUAAAAUGUUCCUUCUUUUUCUGCCAUUUCUGCUUCUUCCAUCAGCUUAGUCUGUCACUCUUUUCUGGUUGGCACUUCUUCUUUCCACAGUCUUUUAUUUUUAACAAAAGUUAUCUUAAACAUUUCCCCCCAACUCAUUAUAUAUCAUUUCCCAGAAAGCUUUUACCACCCCACAUGAUCACCACAUAUGAUAAAACGCACCCUCUUUUCAGGGCUUCCUUAUUGUUGUAGUUGUUGUUUUUGAGAAAAACACGGCUGGAUUUAAGAACAUAGGGCCCCAUUGCCCUCUGAUUCAACCAUAGCCUGUGGUCCCUUGCCAGGCCCUCAUUCCAGCCUAACCGACCUCACAAGGUUGUUAUGUUGAGGUUGUGGACUCUCCUUCCUUGGAGAUUUUUAAGCAGAGGUUGGAUGGUCGUCUGUCAUGGAUGCUUUAGCUGAGAUUCCUGCAUUGCAGGGGGUUGGACUGGAUGACCCUCGGGGUCCCUUCUAACUCUAAGCUGUCCAUGGAGGCGCAGGUUAAUCUGUGUCCAGGGCAGCUGUCUACCAGCUCCUUCUGGUGCGCAGGUUGAGACCCUCCCUGCCCUCAGACUGUCUCGUCAGAGUGGUGCAUGCUCUGGUUAUCUCCCGCUUGGACUACUGCAAUGUGCUCUGUGUGGGGCUACCUUUAAAGGUGACCCGGAAACUGCAAUUAAUCCAGAAUGCGGCAGCCAGACUGGUGACUGGGAGCGGCCGCCGGGACCAUAUAACACUGGUCCUGAGAGAUCUGCAUUGGCUCCCAGCACGUUUCCGAGCACAAUUCAAAGUGUUGGUGCUGACCUUUAAAGCCCUAAACGGCCUCAGUCCUGUAUCCCUGAAGGAGCGUCUUCACCUCCACCAUCCAGCCCAGACACUGAGGUCCAGCUCUGAGGGCCUUCUGGCGGUCCCCUCAUUGCGAGAAGUGAGAUUACAGGGAACCAGGCAGAGGGCCUUCUCGGUAGUGGCGCCCACCCUGUGGAACGCCCUCCCACCAGAUGUCAAAGAGAAAAAUAACUGCCAGACUUUUGGAAGACAUCUGAAGGGCGCCCUGUUCAGGGAAGUUUUUAAUAUUUAAUGCUGUAUUGUUUUUAACACUCGAUUGGGAGCCGCCCAGAGUGGCUGGGGAAACUCAGCCAGAUGGGCAGGGUAUAAAUAAUAAAUUAUGAUUAUUUUUAUUACUAUUAUUCUAUGAUAUAUUCCAGCUCGAGCUCCUUAGAAAAAUAGGUGGGAUACAUGAUUAAGUAAAUAAAUUCCCUACCACGUCAAGUCUGACUUUCUUUUCUCUGCUUAAUUGCAGAAGCUUUCAGGGGAACAUAACAGCCUCCUGAAGGAUUACGAAGAGCUGAAACAGAAAUUGGACGGCUCCAAAGCUCGGAACAAAGUUUUGUCUCACGAAGUGAAAACCCUGAAGGAGCAGAUCUCGACCCUCCUGGACAAAGGGAAGCAUGAUGACGAACUUGUUGAUGCUCUGCUGGUACGAUCUAGCUGUUCCACACCCCAGGGGUUUGGCAACAGCUACUGCUCAAGGCUAUUUCAAAUUCCAGAAUGCUACCAGUAUCUGCGUAGCUCAGUUGGUAGAGCGUGAGACUCUUAAUCUCAGGGUCGUGGGUUCGAGCCCACGACAUUGGGCAAAAUAUUCCUGCAUUGCAGGGGAUUGGACUGUAUGGCCCUCGUGGUCCCGUCCAACUCUACAAUUCUAGGGUUCUAGGAUUGCUGCUAUAUAUCUUAUAGGUCACUUUGGGUUUCCCUGGGCAAGAUAAAGCAACUAACAAAUAUAAUAAAUCCCAUUGAGAAUUUGCGGGCUAUAUGCAAAAGUCGCCUCUGUGCUGUAGACUGUACGACUAUAGAGAAGCUCAUUCAAUCGCUGAUUCAAGUGUGGUACAGGGAUCCGAAAAUCAACAGUGACUUUUCGAAACUAGUAGACUCCAUGCCAAACCGUGUUCAAAUGCUGCUUAAAAAUAGCGGAGGUCAUAUCCGUUACUAAUGUACGUAUAUGUGAGUUUUGUACAAUAAACUACAUUGUUUGUUUCAAUUAAUUUGCACAAGGGUGUACUUCGUAUUUACAGGACCGCCUCUCCUGGUCUGCCCCGCAGAGGACCUUAAGGUCCAUGAAUAAUCAUAGUUUAGAGGUCCCGGGCCCUAAGGAAGUCAGAUUAUCCUCCACCAGGGCCUUCUCAGUGAUGGCUCCGACCUGGUGGAAUGCUCUGUCCCAGGAGACCAGGGCCCUGUAGGAUUUCACUUCCUUCCACAGGGCCUGUAAGACAGAGCUAUUCCACCUGGCUUUCAAUUUGAACUUAGCCUGAUCUUUUAUUCCCCUUCCUUUUCUCCCCUCCCCUUUUUAUGAAGAUUACCCGCUCUGGGAUCCCACAGCUAAUUCUCCCCUGGUCUCCUCGCUGGCCCAAAUAGGACUAAUUUAGCCACUAACCCUGGUGAUCAUCUAAUGUUUAUUGGAUGGAUUUCCCCCCUAAAUUGAUUUUGAAUUCUGAAUUUAUUGUUAUUCACGUUUUAUACUGUAUUUUAUGCUGUUUUUUGUUGUCUCAAUUAAGUGUUUUAAAUUUGUUGUUAGCCGCCCUGAGCCCGGUUUUCUGAACCAGAAAGGGUGGGGUAUAAAUAAAAAAUUAUUAUUAUUAUUAUUACCUUUAGGGGUCAAACGCCACCUUCACCUGCGUUUAAUGAUGCAUGUGUGCAAACCCCAUGCCUUUUCCGCUCCCCCAGAGCCAGCAGAAGGAGAUGCAAGCCAUCUUGAAGAACCUGAGUCAGCAAGACGAGAGGACCAAGGAAUCUCACCAGAACCUGGAGCAGCAGCUGAGCGUGGAGGUCCAGAAGCAAAACUGCCUCAUCGAGCAGCUCAAGCAGAUGGUGGCCGAGAGAGAGGCCAGGGUGAAAGAACUGGAGGAGGAGGUCCAGCAGUUCACUUCGCAGGUAAACCAGAUCGGAUCGCUUAAUAUAGAAUCAUAGAAUCAUAGAGUUGGAAGAGACCACCAGGGCCAUCGAGUCCAACCCCCUGCCAAGCAGGAAACACCAUCAGAGCACUCCUGACAUAUGGUUGUCAAGCCUCUGCUUAAAGACCUCCAAAGAAGGAGACUCCACCACACUCCUUGGCAGCAAAUUCCACUGUCAAACAGCUCUUACUGUCAGGAAGUUCUUCCUAAUGUUUAGGUGGAAUCUUCUUUCUUGUAGUUUGGAUCCAUUGCUCCGUGUCCGCUUCUCUGGAGCAGCAGAAAACAACCUUUCUCCCUCCUCAAUGUGACAUCCUUUUAUAUAUUUGAACAUGGCUAUCAUAUCACCCCUUAACCUCCUCUUCUCCAGGCUAAACAUGCCCAGCUCCCUUAGCCGUUCCUCAUAAGGCAUCAUUUCCAGGCCUUUGACCAUUUUGGUUGCCCUCCUCUGGACACGUUCCAGUUUGUCAGUGUCCUUCUUGAACAGAGCAAGCCGGCCAGUAAAUCACACAGUUCAAAUACGGAGUUAACUAUUAGCGAAACAUGAUCUUCACAGGCUUGGCUGAGUUUCUGGCUUAAUGAGCACAGCAGCUUGUGGAAAUUACAGGCCGGUUGGUUUUAUGUCUGUCCCAGGAAAACUGGUGGAAAGUAUUGUGGAAUAUACAGUAACCAAGUACAGUCGUACCUUGGAAGUCGAAUGGAAGUCCGUUCGACUUCCAAAACGUUCGGAAAACAAAGCGCAACUUCUGAUUGGCUGCAGGAAGCUCAUACAGCCAACCGGAAGCUGCAGAAGCCCCCUCGGACGUUGGGCUUCCAAAAACAGUUUGCAAACCGGAACAGUCACUUUCGGGUUUGCGGCGUUCAGGAGCCAAAACGUUCGAGAACUAAGCUGUUGAAAAACCAAGGUACAACUGUGGUACCUUGGUUUAAGAACAGCUUAGUUUAUGAACAACUUGGAUUAAGAACACUGCAAAGCCGGAAGUUGGUGUUUUGGUUUGUGAACUUUGCCUUGGAAGCAGAACAUGUUCCUCUUCCUGUUGAGUGUAAAUUGAGUCCCCCACUGCUCUGGGAAAGCACGCCUUGGUUUAAGAAGAAGAAGAAGAAGAGUUUGGAUUUGAUAUCCCGCCUUUCACUCCCUUUAAGGAGUCUCAAAGCGGCUAACAUUCUCCUUUCCCUUCCUCCCCCACAACAAACACUCUUUGGGGUGAGUGGGGCUGAGAGACUUCAAAGAAGUGUGACUGGCCCAAGGUCACCCAGCAGCUGCAUGUGGAGGAGCAGAAACGUGAACCCGGUUCCCCAGAUUACGAGACUACCGCUCUUAACCACUACACCACACUGGCUCUCUCUGUUCAGACUGUGUUGGUUUGGUUUAAGAAUGGACUUCUGGAACAGAUUACGUUCAUAAACCAAGGUACCACUGUAUAGAAGAACAAGCCUUGUUGAAGCAGCCAGCAUGGCUUCUGCAAGGGCAAGUCCUGUCUCACGAACCUAUUAGCUUUCUUUGAGAGCGUUAACAGGCGUAUAGACAAAGGUGAAUGGCAAUACCUAUGUGUGCUUGAAUGCAGAUUGCUGAUUCAGUGAGGACUGUGUCGCUCAAUGGUUAGCAUUAGGGUGAGGCAAGCUAGCUUUGUUGUUUUCUGUUUUGCAAUUACCAAAGGUAUCUCUACACCAUGUGCCUUUUCUUAACUGGCUUUUAUUGGUAUUGGGUUCUUCUGAAUAAAGGUAUUGUAUUUAUCCUGAUGUGGGUUCUGAAUCUGGCUGUUUGAUUCUAUGCUACUGAGUAAAUUGCAAGAAAAGACAGUGAGUGGGCUGUUUGGCUCUUGUCUUUGUGAAUCCCAAGGUGUGUUUCCCCUGGCAGGUGCAGUGGUUAGAUUAAAUGAGGAGGGAGAGAACCAUGUACACCACUUUGAGUCCCUUUAAGGAAAAAAAUUGGAGGGAUAUACCGUAUUUUUCGCUCUAUAAGACGCACCAGACCACAAGACGCACCUAGUUUUUGGAGGAGGAAAACAAGAAAAAAAAUAUUCUGAAUCCCAGAAGCCAGAACACCAAGAGGGAUCGCUGCUCAGCAAAAGCAGCGAUCCCUCUUGCUGUUCUGGCUUCUGGGAUAGCUGCGCAGCCUGCAUUCGCUCCAUAAGACGCACACACAUUUCCCCUUACUUUUUGGGAGGGGAAAAGUGAGUCUUAUAGAGCAAAAAAUACGGUAAAUGCAAUAAAUAAUACUGGUACUGCCUGGUAGGAUUGGUUUUCAACCUGCUCAUUUUUCAUACAGGAUUCCUCACACCAAAGGAAUUCCUGUGAGGUUUAGGUCUAAGGACACUCGAGAGAGAGAGAAUCCAUUACUUGGUGGCAGAAGUGGGAUGAAAAAAUCCUUUCCACAAACAGACUCUGGUUGGGUCGCCAAUGGGCCUGUGAUAACUUGUUGUGGAUGUGACUGUUGUCUAUGAAAUGGGACGAAAAAAAUGGGACAUUUGAAACCAUCCAAGGGGAUGAAAGCAAAGAGGAGAUGGGGAGUGGGGAAUCGACCUCGUUGCGCUCAAAAUGCGUAAAGUCUGACUUGGUUGAUGUCUUUACGCCAGCACCAUCGAAAAGAGGAAAGCAGUCCAGACUCUCUUUCUACCCUGUCAGCCGAGUCUUUAGAAGAAGGAAAUGGUUCCUCAGGAUCCCGGAGGGAUGACCUCGUUGGAAGUAAUAGCUCUGCGAGGUAAAAAACACUUUAAAAUCCUCAGUUUAUAUGAAUACAGCUGCCUGUCAGAAUAAAGUGUUCAGAGGACUUUGGCAGUUUGGUCACAGUUUGUGGAAAUUGCUUUAGGAGCUAGGCAUUUGUCAUGGUCCCCCAAAAAGGACUAUUGGGGCAGCCACACUUAUUUUGCAAGCCUACUAUGCAGCUUUGGGACGCAGGUGGUGCUGUGGGUUAAACCACAGAGCCUAGGACUUGCCGAUCAGAAGGUCGGCGGUUCAAAUCCCUGCGACGGGGUGAGCUCCCAUUGCUCGGUCCCUGCUCCUGCCAACCUAGCAGUUCGAAAGCAUGUCAAAGUGCAAGUAGAUAAAUAGGUACCACUCCGGCGGGAAGGUAAACGGCAUGUUCAUGCGCUGUUCUGGUUCGCCAGAAGCGGCUUAGUCAUGCUGGCCACAUGACCCGGAAGCUGUAUGCCGGCUCCCUCGGGCAAUAAAGUGAGAUGAGCGCCGCAACCCCAGAGUCGGCCACAACUGGACCUAAUGGUCAGGGGUCCCUUUACCUUUAGCUUACUGUGCAGCUGACACUCAUCAAGAAAAUCUUCACAAUUAAGAUGAUUUCCUGGCCUUUCUUCCUGGAAAUCAGUCAUCAACUGAGCAGGGACUUAAGCACAGAUUCCCCCCACCUGGUGUCUUCCAAAAGCUUGGGACUACAACUCCCAUUAGCCCCAGCCAGCAUGCUGGGAAUUGUACUCCCAAAACAUUUUGAGGGCACCAUAUUAGGGAAGGCUGCCAGUUUGGCCCAGGAUGUCAAGCUCCUUCUGGAUCCCAUAUACAGUCGUACCUCGGAAGUCGAACAGAAUCCGUUCCGGAAAUCCAUUCGACUUCCGAAACGUUCAACAUCCAAGCGCAGCUUCUGAUUGGCCGCAGGAAGCUCCUGCAGCCAAUCGGAAGCCCCAUCGGAUGUUCAGCUUCCAAAAGAACGUUCGAAAACCAGAACAAUCACUUCCAGUUUUCAACCAUUCGGGAGCCGAAACGUUCGACUCCCACGGCGUUCGGGAGCCAAGGUAUGACUGUAUUCCAACCUGAUAGAUCUGACGGACUAUUCAAAUCUUCUAUCAAGCCCUCCAUCUGGAAGUGAAGUUCUUAAUGGCUUCAGCUCAGCCCAACUCUGACAUCCCGUCUCCAGCAGUGAGUCAUAUAAAAAGGUAAAGGGACCCCUGACCAUUAGGUCCAGUCGUGGCCGACUCUGGGGUUGCGGCGCUCAUCUCGCUUUACUGGCCGAGGGAGCCGGCGUACAGCUUCCGGGUCAUGUGGCCAGCAGGACUAAGCCGCUUCUGGCGAACCAGAGCAGUGCAUGGAAACGCCGUUUACCUUCCCGCUGGAGCGGUACCUAUUUAUCUACUUGCACUUUGACGUGCUUUUGAACUGCUAGGUUGGCAGGAGCAGGGACCGAGCAACGGGAGCUCACCCCGUUGCGGGGAUUUGAACCGCCGACCUUCUGAUCAGCAAGUCCUAGGCUCUGUGGUUUAACCCACAGCGCCAUAGGGUAGUUUAUACAAUCAGGAUAGCACCUUGACACCUUUUCCCCCGAAGAGGCAGGCAGACAUUUGACGUGUGCAGUUUCUCCUUGCCAGAGGGCGCCUGUUGGAUUUCUGCAGAAUAGUUCAGAAGGCUUGGCUCAAAAUCCCCCAAGAGUAACAAUUCUCUAAAUAUGAUAUAUUAUUUCUCAGAUUUGAUAGCUGGAUCCUUAUCAUGAAUGAAAUCAGCAUCCUUUGAACAGACAAGGAAUUUCCAGGGAAUCUCUCAGCCCUUUGUAUACUGCCUCAGAUUAUUCACAGUCACCUCUGUCGUUUGAGCUAAUACUUUCCAUCCAGUCUUACAAACCAGAGACUUUUAUAUCUAUGCGGCUAGGACUUCUCUCAGUCUGACAAAGAAGUUAGCAAUUCAGUUCAAUCAGGGAGUCUUCUAUUCCUUUACUUCUUCUCACCUUCACUUAAUAAUCCCACAAACAAAUAAUUCAGAGUCUGAGAAGGGAUUGCUAGUCCAGGGAAACAGAUGAUGAAUAACCCCUUCUGCGUGCAUUGUUCCAAAGUUAGUUUCUGCUGAAGGGCAGUAGUGUGUUGUGUAAUGCCUCACCAGCCAGUACAUUUAUGGAGAAUUCAGAUUUUAUUUCUAACCGGCUGUGUCCAUUAGCCUAGUUCUCACUGAGACAGAUAAUCCUGUGUAAGGGAAUAUACCAAUUCAGCUGCUUGGAGACUUUUGUGAUCAGGCGGUCCUUAAUACCAACAAAUUUCGUUGCACAUAGAAAACUUACACGUCAGAGAGAGAUUAUCGCCUUGACGUUCCUAUAUUUCACGUGCAAUAAAUCCUUUUGCACUAGAGGAGCAUUUGCUUUGACACCUACCCCCAGCUGUACUCUGCAGUGGUACAUUCCAGACGCAAGCUUUCUGCCUCAGUGAGAGAACUAAGUUGUAGGUAAAGGUAAAGGGACCCCUGACCAUUAGGUCCAGUCGUGGCCGACUCUGGGGUUGCAGCGCUCAUUUUGCUUUAUUGGCUGAGGGAGCCGGCGUACAGCUUCCGGGUCAUGUGGCCAGCCUGACUAAGGCACUUCUGGCGCACAGAAACGCCAUUUACCUUCCCGCUGGAGUGGUACCUAUUUAUCUACUUGCACUUUGACGUGCUUUCGAACUGCUAGGUGGGCAGGAGCAGGGACCGAGCAACAGGAGCUUACCCCGUCGUGGGGAUUCGAACCACCGACCUUCUGAUUGGCAAGUCCUAGGCUCUGUGGUUUAACCCACAGUGCUACCCACGUCCCUAAGUUGUAGGUAUCACAUCAGAAGAGCUUUGGUUUAAUAAUAAUAAUUUUAUCAUUUGUACCCCGCCCACCUGACUGGGUUGCCCCAGCCACUCUAGGCGGCUUCUAGCAUAUGCGAAAACAUAAUAUAACAGCAAACAUUAAAAACCUUCCUAUACAGGGCUGCCUUCAGACGUCUUCUAAAAGUUGUGUAAGUCAGUGUAUAGCCUCGGCCCAGUAUACCUGAAGGAGCGUCUCCACCCCCAUCGUUCUGCCUGGACACGGAGGUCCAGCUCCGAGGGCCUUCUGGCGGUUCCCUCAUUGCGAGAAGUGAGGUUACAGGGAACCAGGCAAAGGGCCUUCUUGGUAGUGGCACCCGCCCUGUGGAACGCCCUUCCAUCAGCUGUCAAGGAACUAAGCAACUAUCUGACUUUUAGAAGGCACCUGAAUGCAGCCCUAUUUAGUUUUUAAUGACGGAUGUUUUAAUGUAUUUUUAAUCUCUUGUUGGAAGCUGCCCAGAGCGACUGGGGAAACCCAGCCAGAUGCGCAGGGUAUAAGUAAUAUAUUAUUAUUAUUAUUAUUAUUAUUAUUAUUAUUAUUAUUAUACGUCGCAUCAGCAUCUGUAAACCGGCAGGGUUUCAGAGCCUUCUUCCCGCUCCCCAGAUACGUGGCAGCGUGCACAGAUGUUGGAAGAUGGGCAAGCUAAGCACGCAGGCUGUUGCUGAGAUGUUUGCAAUUCUUUGCCUUCCCCAGGAUGGUGUCUAAGAUGGGUCACACCCUCGUGGACUCCGUGGCGACCUCAUUCCCAACCACUGUCUCUCCUGGGAGGUAUGUGGCAGCUAUCUGGAGUUGGCUGAAACUCUUGUCUUCUUCUUCUUCUUUGGUGACCACUCAUGGAGUAAGAUUGUCUUUCAUAAACACGGUUUUAACAGUGGGUCCGUAAGUGACUCUGGAGGCCAAUUCUGGAUCCACACAUCCUUCCACACUGGGGACAUUGGUUUCCGGGUGGGAGUUGAUCCCGGUGAGGGUUUGCCAAGCGUUCCUUCCUCUUAGCACGUUUCUGCCUUGCAUCCUGAGUUCGAGUGUCUUCAAAGCCCAUGACACCUUUGGUAAAGGUUGUUCUCCAAUUGGAGCGCUCACAGGCCAGUGUUUCCCAGUUGUUGGUUUUUAUACUACAUUUUUUAAGAUUUGCCUUGAGAGAGUCUUUAAACCUCUUUUGUUGACUACCAGCAUUAUGCUUUCCAUUUUAAAGUUCAGAAUAGAGUAGUUGCUUUGGAAGACGAUCAUCAGGCAUCCGCACAACAUGACCAGUCCAACAAAGUGGAUGUUGAAGAAUUAUUGCUUCCACACUGGUGAUCUUUGCUUCUUCCAGUACACUGGUAUAUCGGGGUUCCCUUCUCCCUCCCCUACCAACUCAGGUCCUUUUUUUCUUUUUCUUUUUUCUCCUUUUUAGGAUUGUUGAGCCUGAUAAUCUGGACAUGAAAACCGUGAAGAUCCAGAUUGCAGAGUACAAGGCCCUGGGACAAGCCGCUGAAGCAGAAAGGGGCAAGCUAAUAGAAAUGGUCAACAUCCUGCAGAAAAGGUGAGCGCAUAACAUUACAGCACCUUGAAACAGGCUCCUCUCCUCCCCUUUCCCAAGUCUCUCUUGCCUUGGAAAACCAAGGAACUGUAAGGCGCUUUUCUUCUUCUUUUGCAAUUUGAAAAAAAUAAAGUUGGGAAGAACUGUAAGGCAUAAGAAGAGCCUAUGACUUCUGGAUCCGGGAUUCUUUAGUUGUGAUUCCUGCAUUGCAGGAGGUAAAGGUAAAGGGACCCCUGACCAUUAGGUCCAGUUGUGGCCGACUCUGGGGUUGCAGCGCUCAUCUCGCUUUACUGGCCGAGGGAGCCGGCGUACAGCUUCCGGGUCAUGUGGCCAGCAAGACUAAGCCGCUUCUGGAGAACCAGAGCAGCGCACGGAAACGCCGUUUACCUUCCCGCCAGAGCGGGAUCUAUUUAUCUACUUGCACUUUGACGUGCUUUCGAACUGCUAGGUUGGCAGGAGCAGGGACCGAGCAACGGGAGCUCACCCCGUCGUGGGGAUUCGAACCGCCGACCCUCUGAUCGGCAAGUCCUAGGUGUUAAGUUGUGGGUGACCAUAUCAGACGACACAGUGAUUCUUCAAACAGCUCUUGUUUAUUCACAGGCCAGAACAGAACUGAACUGAAGGGUUCAGCCAGCCUGCUUAUAUAGAGCUCCACUACAACGCACAGUAACCACUUUCUGUAACUAUCCAAUCACUGAACGUCACUUUCAAUCCCUUAUUUGCAUAUGUGGACCUGAGUGAAAACUAUCUACAGUAUCCCCCUGCUGGCCCAGGGUGAGAACUUUAGUACAUAACACUAGGCUCUGUGAUUUAACCCACCUGUGUCCCAGCGUUGCAGGAGAGGGGGCUGCAAAACACUUGGCUGUCCUGUCCGAUAUUGUGAUCACACAUAAAGGCCUGCCUGGUCCAGGGUUCUGUUCCUCACUGUGGCCAACCGCAGCAAACCCAUAAACCAAGACGUGAGGACAAUAACCUCGCGUUGUUGCUCCUCUGCAACUGGCCUCUGAUCCCGGAGGCAGCUGUGGCAAAGGCACCCUCCCUGAAGAUGGGCAUUGGUGAUUUUAUGGGCAUGUUAAAAAUCUGACUCUGCCCGUUACUAACACAGGAGAGGUCUGGCAUUAACUAUUCAUGGUAGUGUUUAUGAAUAAACAGCAGUGAGGGGUUGUACUUCCACGAAGGCUACCUUAGCUCAGUAGAGCAUGAGACUCUUAGCAUCAGGAUGGUGGAUUUGAGCCCCGUGUUAGGCAAAAUAUUUCUGUAUUGCAGGAAUUUAGUAUGGAUGACCCUCAUGGUCCCUUCCAACUCUACUGCUGACCCAAGUGCUGCCCAUCUUUCUAGAGUUGCUACAUAGGAAUUUCCCAAAGUAGGCCAGUUUGGACAGUUGUUUUCAGUUGUGGGUCUCCAGAACUGUGUAAGGGUAAAGGGUAAAGGUACCCCUGACCAUUAGGUCCAGUCGUGGCCGACUCUGGGGUUGCGGCGCUCAUCUCGCUUUAUUGGCCGAGGGAGCCGGCAUACAGCUUCCGGGUCAUGUGGCCAGCAUGACUAAGCCACUUCUGGCGAACCAGAGCAGCACACGGAAGCACCAUUUACCUUCCCGCCGGAGCGGUACCUAUUGAUCUACUUGCACUUUGACGUGCUUUCGAACUGCUAGGUUGGCAGGAGCAGGGACCGAGCAACGGGAGCUCACCCCGUCGCGGGGAUUCGAACCGCCGACCUUCUGAUCAGCAAGUCCUAGGCUCUGUGGUUUAACCCACAGCGUCUGAAAGUAAAAAAUAUGCUUGGUGACACAGUUCUAAAGCUGGGAUACAAUUAGACGCCAUUUUUAAUCACAAUGGUGGGCUGGGCCUUUAAAAACUGCACCGAUUUUAUCUUCUUAUUUCAAAACUGUGCUGAUUUGUUGGUUCUUUAAAAUUCCUUUGCAUUGCUGGGCGUGAGGCUGCUUGUGAGCUAUAAACAGGCCUCCUGUGAGCAGGAAGCAUCUUCUGUGGGCGUUCAACCUUUUAACUUGCAAACAAAUUAAACACAUUUAUUACGUUUACCUCUUGCCCACGUACCUGAGUUCUAUGGGUGCCUUAGAGACAAUUAAAAACACAAUACAAUGAUAAAAACUGCAACUACAAAGGAAUCACAACAGCUAAAACCACACUUGCAACUGAGAACAAUGUUAACUUUUCUUACAGUGCACAUCUGUUGACCCAGAAGUAAGCCCUGUGGAGUUCAGUGGGGCUGACUCUCAACUUAAGUGUGUAGAAGAUUGCAGCCCCAGAGUCUUUAUUCUGUUUGCUCCCACAACAACCCUGCGAGGUUGGCCUCUGUGUAUCCUGAUUUGUAGACGAAGGACCGAGGGUGUGAGGAGGGCAAGUGAAAGCACCAGAGUCAUAACAUUCACCUGAGGCCCUUCUCCAGGUAUACCCUUGGAGGGAGCCUCGGAGGGUGGUGACAAGGGGAAAGGGCCUUUUCAGUGGUGGCUCCGCAGCUAUAUAUAUGUUGUAUGUUGCAUUGAAAGGGAUGCGGGUGGCGCUGUGAGUUAAACCACAGAGCCUAGGACUUGCCGAUCGGAAGGUCAGCAGUUCAAAUCCCUGCAACAGGGUGAGCUCCCGUUGCUCAGUCCCCGCUCCUGCCAACCUAGCAGUUUGAAAGCACAAAGUGCAAGUAGAUAAAUAGGUACCGCUCCAGCGGGAAGGUAAACGGUGUUUCCGUGUGCUGCUCUGGUUUGCCAGAAACGGCUUAGUCAUGCUGGCCACAUGACCCGGAAGACAAACCCGGACAAACGCCGGCUCCCUCGGCCAAUAAAGUAAGAUGAGCGCCGCAACCCCAGAGUCGGUCACGACUGGACCUAAUGGUCAGGGUCCCUUUACAUUUACCUUUUAUGUUGCAUUGAGAAGUCUGAAUGACAAAUAAAUAAAUAAUACCUUUCUCGCCCUGAUCUGGCCAGAGUGAUCCAUGCGACCGUCACCUCCAGGCUUGACUACUGUAAGUUGCUCUACGCGGGGCUGCCCUUGAAGCUGACCCAGAAACUCCAGUGGGUGCAGAAUGCUGCAGCUAGGCUCUUUACAGGGUCCUUGCUGCGGGAUCACAUUCAUCCAGUGCUUUACCAACUGCCCUGGCUCCCGGAGGAGUACAGGGUCAGGUUUAAGGUGCUGGUUUUGACCUUUAAAGCCCUAUGCGGCCUAGGACCCACGUACCUACAGGACCGCCUCUCCUAGUAUGUCCCACGGAGGACCUUAAGGUCCACAAAUGACAACACUUUGGAGGUCCCAGGUCGCAAGGUGGUUAGAUUGGUCUCAACUAGGGCCAGGGCCUUUUCAGUACUGGCCCCGACUUGGUGGAACGCUCUGUCACAAGAGACUAGGGCCCUGCGGGACUUGACAUCUUUCCGCAGGGCCUGCAAGACAGAGCUGUUCCGCCUGGCCUUUGGUUUGGACUCAGUCUGACCCUUAUGUUUUCCUCCCCUUAUGGUUUUGAUCUAUGGGCUACUUUUAAAAUGAGGCUGCAUUUUAAAUUGCAUUUUAACCUGUAUUUUAAAUUGGUUUUUUCCCCGUAUUAUGAUUUUACUGUAAUUUUACUGGUGCUAGCUGCCCUGAGCCGGGGAGGGCGGGGUAUAAAUAUAUUUUAUUAUUAUUUAUUUAUUUAUUAUUAUUAUUAUGAAUAAUAAUAUAGUAAAAUCUGUGCGGAAUCGGAAGGUGGCAGACUUCCCCUUCCUCAGAGGUUUAUAAACAAAGGUUGCAUGGCACCUGUCAGGGACCCUUUAGGUGCGAUUCUUGCGUGUCAGCGGGUUGGGCUAGAUGACCUUGGGGUGUCCCUUCCAGCUCUGCCAUUGAUUGAUUCUAUGGAUCCUUCUGCUUUGAAUGCCAGGGUGGACGACAGCACCACCAAGGUCUGGGAAGCAGAGAAGAAGCUCCAGGAGCACCAGCGCAGGUACAUCACUCUAGAGCAGCAGUUUGAACACCUGAAAACGGAGUCGGCGAAGAAUUCUGGCGCCCCAAAAAACCCCUCUAAGAACAAAGCAGGUAAUGUCAUGGAUUAGAGCAUGGGUAGGCAAACUAACGGACGCGGGUGGCGCUGUGGGUUCAACCACAGAGCCUAGGACUUGCCGAUCAGAAGGUCGGCGGUUCGAAUCCCCACGACGGGGUGAGCUCCCUGCUCCUGCCAACCUAGCAGUUCGAAAGCACGUCAAAGUGCAAGUAGAUCAAUAGGUACCGCUCUGGCGGGAAGGUAAACGGCGUUUCCGUGCGCUGCUCAGGUUCGCUAGAAGCGGCUUUGUCAUGCUGGCCACAUGACUCGGAAGCUGCACGCUGGCUCCCUCGGCCAAUGAAGCGAGAUGAGCGCCGCAACCCCAGAGUCGGCCACGACUGGGCCUAACGGUCAGGGGUCCCUUUACCGGAUCCGGUCCAAUCGCCUUCUAAAUCUGACCUGUGGACGGUCCGGGAAUUGGCAUGUUUUUACAUGAGUAGAAUGUGUGCUUUUAUUUAAAAUGCAUCUCUGGGUUAUUUGUGGGGCAUAGGAAUUUGUUCAUUUCCCCCCAAAAAAUAUAGUCUGGCCCCCCACAAGGUCUGAGGGAAAGUGGACCGGCCCCCUGCUGAAAAAGUUUGCUGACCCCUGGAUGAGAGCAUCAAGAGAAGAUGCAUUCAAGCACAGGAAGCAUUUAUGUUGAAUAUAUAUGGGGAAGAAGUACCUCUAGUGGGGGACACAUCGUGCUCCUUCUAGGGCAGUUUGCCCCAGAGCAGUCCCCAUUCUGCACUUAGCUCUCACCUGUGGCUCCCAGUAGCUGUCAGCAUGCGACACCAUCCACACCCGAGAAAACAGCUUGAACUAGCCGGCUAAACCAGGUGAGGGGAGCCAAUGUGAGGUUACAGGGAGGCAGACAGAGGGCCUUCUCAGUAGUGGCACCCACCCUGUGGAACACCCUCCCUUCAGGUGUCAAGAAAUAAACAACAAUCCGACUUUUAGAAGACAUCUGAAGGCAGCCCUGUUUAGGGAAGGUUUUAAUGUUUGAAGUUUUAUUCUGUUUUUAAUGUUCUGUUGAAAGCUGCCCAGAGUGGGGCGGGGCAGAAAUAAAUUAUUAUUAUUAUUAUUAUUAUUAUUGGGUCUCAAACCUUCGGGAGGUAAGAAUUUUCCCUGCAUGCAAAGAUUGAGAGGAUGAGAUCAAUCGUAGCUCCAACGGUUAUUAGGGAAGCUUUUAAUGUUUGGUGCAUUAUUUUAUUUUAAUAGGUUAUUGUAUUUUAAUAUUCCGUUGGAAGCCGCCCAGGGUGGCUGGGGAAACCCAGCCAGAUGGGUGGGGUAUAAAUAAUAAAUUAUUAUUAUUAUUAUUAUUAUUAUUAUUAUUAUUAUGGUGGUGGUGGUGGUGUUUUCUGCACGUGCAGUAGAGCAAAGUGAGGGGCGAGUGGGGCUCAUCUACCUGGGCAGGUAGCCCAUUUAGGAGAAGGAAAACCUUCACUUCCUUGUGGGAUAUCUUCAGGAGAGGAAAAGGCUCUGGGGUAAACCCUUCACAAAUCCCGAGUGGAGUCCCUAAGACUGUUAGAAGGCGUCUUGUACGCCUCCUUCCAGCGUCUCCUGCAGCCAAGCGGGCGCCAAACGUCUUGCUCUGCUUUGCUUUGGGAUCAGUGAGGCUGAGAGGGGGGUCUUGUCGUCUGUGCAGCCCAGGACCUCCAGACACACUGCCUAGGCUUGCGCCCCGGGGAGAUCACUCUGCAUAUGGCAUGUUAUUGUCUUGUUGGGCUGUGUGCCGUAUUUUUUCGCUCUAUUAGACGCACCGGACGAUUGGACGCACCUAGCUUUUAGCGGAGGAAAACAAGAAAUAAGAAAGGAACACAAAGCAUCCUGAGCUAAGAGGGAGCGCUCCUCCAUCUUCACUCAGGAGGCUUUGCGGGGCUAUCCCUGAAGCCAGGAGAGCAAGUGGGAUCGGUGCGCACCGAUCCCUCUUGCCCUCCUUGCUUCAGCGAAAGCAAGCCUACUGGCUUUCCUCCCGCAAGAGCCGUGCGCUCUAUAAAGGGAGCGCGGCUCUUGGGGGCUUUUCUGGGAGGUGGGAGAAGGAUCAGAGCCGCGCGCUCUCUCCCUUCCCCCACCUCCCGUGAAAGCCAGGGAUAGCCGCACGAAGCCUCCACAGGGGAGCGAGAUGAAGGCUCCCCGCUCCCCUGCGGAGACUUUAUCCCGUGGCUAAGCCAGGAGCUAGAACAGCCAGCAGGAUCCCACUUGCUGUCCUGGCUGCUUUAGCCGCGCGCAGCCUCUCCGGCUGGGAGAGGCUGCACGCGGCAAUGGCAGAAGCCAAGACAGCCAGCGGGAUGGAUCCUGCUCACUGUCCUGGCAUCCUCUUUAGCCGCGCGCAGCCUCUCCCAGGCAAGGGGAGCUUUCAUCCCCGGCCCGGGAGAGGCUGCGCAUGGCUAAGGCUCCCCCAAGAGCCGCACUCCCUUUAAGGAGCGUGUGGAAUGUGUGUGCGGCUCUUGGGGGCUUUUCCCGAGGAGGGAGAAGGGCAGCCCUUCUCCUUCCUUGGGACAAGCCCCAAAGAGCCACACACACGCUCCACACGGCUCUUUAAAGGGAGCGCUGACAGAGCCUCCCGCCUGCAUUCACUCCAUAAGACGCACACACAUUUCCCCUUACUUUUAGGAGGGGAAAAGUGUGUCUUAUAGAGCGAAAAAUACGGUAUGUGAUAAAGGGGAGCCAUACCGGGGUGAAGGUGUCUUCUUCUAUUUGUCCCCAUGUCAGUUUCAGUUUAUUGGUUAAUUUUUCUAGUAAGGCUGUUUCCCAUACUAUUUGGUACCAUUGGUCCAUGUUUACUCCUGACAGGUCUCUCCAGUGUCUGAUUAUGGUGUUUCUGGCUGCUGAAUGUAGGUGGGUUAUGAGUUCUUUGUGGUGUAAAUGGGCAUUAUUGUCCUGGAAGAUGUUUAGUAGGGCCAAUUCUGGGGUGAUUCCUAAUACUUGCUUAGUUAUUUUACAUAUGUCUCGUCUGGCUGUUGUCCAGAAUAGUUGGAUUUGGGGGCACUCCCACCACAUGUGGAGGUACUGUCUAUGGCAUGUUGUAAUACCACGCUGCUGCAUUUGUUUUUGGCCAUGACAAACAUGGAGACUUGGUUGAUUCUGAAACGCAGGGGAAACUCUGUGUUCUCCUCUAGCAACAGGCCCCGCAUCUACAGCUCAGCCACACAACAGCAGCAGGCUGGACUGGAACGUGGGUGAUAGGAGCGGCCCUCCAUCAGAACAACGAUCAGAGGUGCCUCUGGAGUCCCAAAUAGAAGAACUAUCCACAAGGUAGGAUGCUUAACCACUUUGAGAAAGCUCACAUUUAUAACCACCAGGUGACAUUGAGCCAAUCAUUGCAUCUUCCAGCCUAGCCUACCUCGCAGCAUUGUUGAGGGGAGGAAAGCAGAGAGAACCUUUAGCUCAUGGGUAGGCAAACUAAGGCCCGAGGGCUGGAUCCGGCCCAAUCGCCUUCUCAAUCCGGCCCCCGGACUGUCCGGGAAUCAGCGUGUUUUUACAUGAGUAGAAUGUGUUCCUUUAUUUAAACUGCAUCUCUGGGUUAUUUGUGGGGCCUGCCUGGCGUUUUUGCGUGAGUAGAAUAUGUGCUUUUAUUUAAAAUGCAUCUCUGGGUUAUUUGUGGGGCCUGCCUGGUGUUUUCACAUGAGUAGAAUGUGUGCUCUUAUUUAAAUUGCAUCUCUCUUUAAAAAAAAAUUAAAAAAUGAAUUCAUUUUUCUUUUUCAUUCAUUACAUACAUCUCAAAUUCUUAACAUUUACUAUAUAUUCCUCCCUCCCUCCCCGGCAAGACUUCCCCCAACUUGCAUUUCUGGUUUGUUUCUAUUUUCACCCACUUUGCUAUCUCUUAACAGAAACGGUUAUUAAUUACAUAACAUCAAACCUAAAAACAUAAAAAUAAAAGUGAAUACAUCGUAUUUUGCCAUCUAAACAUUUUCUGAUGCUGAUAAUGUGAAUGUUUAUUUAAAUCCUGCCAUCUCUGGGUUAUUUGUGGGGCAUAGGAAUUCAUUCAUUCCUCCCCCCUCAGCCCCCUGCUGAAAAAGUUUGCUGACCCCUGCUUUAGCUCCUUGGAGGGAAAGGUGGGAUAUCAGCGCGAUAAUUAAGAUGGAAAUUCGCCAGCAUCACGGGGCCAGAGAGACGGCUUUGCAUACUGGUUUUCUUUUUCCAAAAAAUAAAUAAUAAUAAAAAUGCCUGGAAGAGGCUGCCUUGCUUUCCCAGCUUGUAAGUGCUUCGCGACGUCCGAUGACCGAUUUUUGUCCUUGCAGGCUUGCGAUCCAGAUGGACGAGAACGAAAGCCUGAAGAUGGCUUUGCAGGACUCUGCGAAGACCAAAGAGGAAGACUUCCGGCUGUACCAGGAGACGGUGGGGCAGGUGAAGGACAUCUUCCUGCAAGCGCUGAGGCAGCAGAAGCAGGACCGGAACUAA